UCCAAACAUGGCCCAAUGAUCUUUCUGAGAGUCACAGCAUCACACUCUCAACUCAACCGAUUCUCCGAAUCUGGUUGCUUUUGUGAAACCCCUCUUCCGCCGCAAAUUCUUCUUCUGGGAAGGAUUUCUUCAGCAAUGGUUGUAGGCAAACUUACUGGGUCUGUUCAAGGUCCAGUGUUCCAGCCAUUGUGCAUAUCUACUAUUUCAGAGCUGUUGACUAAACAACGCUGGUCAGAGCUCAAACCCCAUCUUGGAACAACCAAACCUGCACUAUUGCUUGACCAAUUGUUCAAUGCAGGGGUUGAUUCAGAGCUUGUUUUAAGAUUUUUUCAAUGGUCUCAGAAAGAGUUCAAGAUUUCACAUGGUCUUGAAAUAACUGGCAAAGUUUUACAUCUUCUAGCAAAUUCUAAAAGGUACCCUAAAGUCAGGUCCUUUUUGGAUAAACUUGUGAAGAAUGAGAAACAUACCGUUUCUUCGGUUUUUCACUCUCUUUUGUUGGGUGGUGGUCGAUCUUGUGCAAAUGCUAUAAUAAUUGAUAUGUUGAUCCUAGCAUAUGUCAGAAAUUUGGAAAUUCACUCUGCUUGUGAAGCAUUUAGGCGAGCUCGGGAUUAUGGAUUUAAGUUAUCACUGAAUACAUGCAAUCCAUUGUUGAGUUCAUUGGUUAAGGAGAACGAAACAGGGGAAAUGGAAUAUGUGUUCAAGGAGAUGAUAAAGAGGAGAAUUCAGCCUAACUUGACCACAUUUAAUAUUUUUAUCAAUGGUCUUUGUAAAGCUGGUAAGUUGAAUAAGGCAGAGGAUGUUAUUGAAGACAUCAAAGCCUGGGGAUUUUCCCCAAACAUAGUUACUUAUAACACUCUGAUUGAUGGGCAUUGCAAGAAGGGCAGUGCUGGAAAAAUGUACAGAGCUGAUGCCAUUUAUAAGGAAAUGCUUGCUAAUAAAAUUUGUCCAAAUGAGAUUACCUUUAACACUCUUAUUGAUGGUUUCUGUAAGGAUGAGAAUGUGUUAGCUGCCAAGAAGGCUUUUGAAGAGAUGCAAAGGCAGGGAAUAAAACCUAAUUUAGUUACAUAUAACUCACUGAUAAAUGGUUUGUCUAAUAAUGGGAAGCUAGACGAGGCUAUUGAUCUGUGGGAUAAGAUGGUUGACUCAGGUUUGAAGCCAAAUAUUGUUACUUACAAUGCUCUUAUUAAUGGGUUUUGUAAGAAGAAGAUGAUGAAGGAAGCAAGAAAACUCUUCGAUGAUAUAGAUAAACAAGAUUUGGUUCCCAAUGCAAUAACAUUCAAUACAUUGAUUGAUGCAUACUGCAAAGACGGGAUGAUGGAAGAAGGAUUUGCACUGCGAAAUUCAAUGUUAUAUGAAGGGAUUUUUCCAAAUGUUUCAACCUAUAAUUGCUUAAUUGCAUGCUUGUGCAGAAACCAGAAGGUACGGGCUGCGAAGGAGCUUCUUGUUGAAAUGGAGAAUUAUGGGUUGAAAGCUAACACCGUAACAUAUAACAUCUUAAUAGAUGGAUGGUGCAAAGUCAAUGAUUCAAGUAAGGCAGAAAAAUUACUCGGUGAAAUGCCCAACGUAGGUGUCAAACCUAAUCAUGUAACAUAUAAUACUUUGAUGGAUGGAUAUUGCAUGGAGGGAAAUCUCAAGGCAGCAUUGAAGGUGAGGACCCGGAUGGAGAAAGAAGGGAAGCGAGCAAAUGUUGUAACAUACAAUGUGUUGAUUAAAGGAUUUUGUAAACAAGGCAAGCUAGAGGAUGCAAAUAGGCUUCUUAAUGAGAUGUUGGAAAAGGGUUUGAAUCCAAAUCGUACUACCUACGAUAUAGUAAGACUGGAAAUGUUGGAGAAAGGUUUUAUUCCAGACAUAGAAGGGCACUUGUAUAAUAUUUCUAGCAUGUCUUAACAUGAACUUGAGAUGGUAGAUGGAAAUUUCGUUAGUUGUGUAUUAUUUACUGUUUAGAGUUGGAGCUUCACGGAAGAUUUACGGAAUUAGGAUAUAUGAAAAGUUGAACCAAUCUUAUGUUUAGCUUUUUUUCUUUUUGGGUAACAGGGUGAACGUUAUGCUUAAGCGGCUACCAUCUUGUAUAGUAGUUGAAUGUUGGCAACUUAGCAUUACUAUUACCAUUCACCAGCAUAAAAUGUACAUUCAUUUCUUUUGUUGUAUCGAAGUUUGAGGUCCAUCA